UCAAGUUUUUUUUACUUAUUUUCCAAUGAAGAGGGGGAGGGGUUUCGCUGCCGCUACAGCCACCAUCACGGCUGUAGCUGAUGCAGGAACCGCCGUCUCUCCAAAACCGGUUCAUGAACCCAGUGGAACUAUAAAAGAACCUAAAUACAGAGGGGUUCGUAAAAGACCAUGGGGUCGGUUCGCAGCCGAGAUUCGAGACCGUGGAAAAGAUCCGGGUUUGGUUGGGGACGUUCGACUCCGCCGAAGAGCCGCUCGAGCUUACGAUGCGGCGGCGAUGUCACUCCGUGGGCCUAAAGCGAAAACGAACUUUCUGACCAAUCCUCCGAAUACCGGCGCUCUCCCUAUGGACGACCACCGCGAUUUGUAUCCGAUGGGCUAUUUUCAUGACCCGGAAGUUUACCCUCGAAGACCAACAAGGAGUAGCAUGAGUAGCACGGUUGAGUCGUUUAGUGGAACCAGACCGGCGGCUCAACUACCACCGCAGUCGGAGGUUUCGACUAGGAAGUACCAUCCUCGGACGGCGGUGGAGGCAGAGGAUUGUCGCAGUGACUGCGAUUCAUCUUCAUCGGUUGUUGUUGAUGAUGGGGACAUGGCAUCGUCUUCGUGUAAGAAAAAUAUUUUACCUUUUGAUCUCAACUUUUCACCGUUCGAUGAAGCUGAUGAUCUCUACUGCACCACUUUUGUCUUGAUCGGGAUGAUGAUAAAAAAAAUUAUUCCAUACACAAGAAUAGAGGAAAUACAAAGAGACAAUGAGUUUUCGUUCGGUCGAUUACGUGCUUUGAAAUAUGAUAUUGUCUUAAGUGAGACUGGAAAUGAACAACAUUUCAAGAUUAUGAAGGUGAAAUCUGAAAAGAGGAUCUGCUCUGUUAUUUAA